AUGGGAUGUGCAAGUUCAACAAGCGGUCGAAUUAUGACAAAUAAAAAAGGCAAUCAGCAGUUAAAAGGUUUUACAAUAAAGGUUGAAGAUCCAAGGCAAGAUUUUGAGUAGGAAUUUUCAUAUUAAACAGAAAAUGAUGAGUUGCCUAUCAUGCAAAUUAUGAAUGGCAUUGCUUUUGAUGAGACAGAAAAAGGAAACAAAUUUGAUGCCAACUUUAUAGCUAUCAUGAAUGAGAAAAAGGGAGACUUUGAUUACUAUGUUUAAAGGCUUAUGGGACUGGCAAUUGAGAAUGAAGAUGCCCCAGUAGAUGGAAAAAUUUGGGUUCCAUAUAUCAACAAUAAAAGAGAAGAUUGGUCCUUCCUCUGCGAAAACAACAGAAUUAUCGCUAAGGAGGAUGAGAUAGUGUGGAGAUAUGAAAAUUACUUUGAAAAAGAUAUGCUUAAUGCAGAGCAGCUAGGCUACUAACCUCAUGUAGAUGACAUAGGCAGUGGGCAUAUUCCAUCUACAAAGGCUGUAAAUAGCAGAAUGGAAGAGAGAUGA